AUGACUAUCGCAACCGUAGAAACGGGGUACGUGGGGAACCUCACCCAAGACCAAGAAGAGAAACUCCUCCAGCUAUGGGCGAUUUUCUUGCGAUCGUGCGAUCCGCAGUUAUCUCGCACAGACACGAGUCAAAGUGGCCAAACCACCUCCGCCACAUCAACUAAACAGCGCAGAAGGCUCUUCUCGCUAUCAUGGUCGGCGGAAGACCCAGCCAAAUCCAACGAUGCGCCUCCGGUGCCGGCCAAAUUGCUUUCCGAGCUCCAGGCGAUGAAGAUGAACGCACAGGAGAUCAAGUUAAUUCAGCAAGUUUUGACCAAGCUUAAACCGGACGAACUUCGCUCGGCUUUCUUUGCUAUGAUGAAACAAGAUCAUCCAGACACAUUCCUUCUUCGAUACUUACGUGCUGAGAAAUGGAAUGUCAGCAAAGGUUUCGUCAAGUUUGUAUCGGCACUGGAGUGGUGGAGCAAGCAGAAACAGGUGGAAACUGAGGUAAUCCGCAAGGGAGAACUUCAUGCAUUACAGCAGUCGCAGAGCAGCACCGGUAGCACUGAUAAAAAAGAUGGUGAGGACUAUAUGGCCCAGUUGCGCAUGGGUAAGGGCUUUUUUCAUGGCUCCGAUAAAUCCGGUCGUCCUAUUUGUGUUGUGAGAGCGCGGACCCAUAAGCCAGGUGCGCAGAGUGAAAAGGCACUUAAUUCAUAUAUUUUGUAUAACAUCGAGUUGAUGCGACUUCUGCUUGUUCCUCCUGUUGAAACCAUGACACUAAUCUUCGACUUGACAAAUUUUGCUCUUUCAAACAUGGAGUACGCUCCAGUCAAGUUCAUCAUCGAGUGUUUCCAGGAAAACUAUCCCGAAUCGCUUGGAUAUAUGCUCUUCUAUAAUGCUCCCUGGUUCUUCUCUGGAAUUUGGAAGGUUAUCCGGGGCUGGCUUGACCCCGUUGUGGCCGCCAAAGUUCAUUUCGUGAACUCGGUUGAAGACUUGGAGCAAUUUAUCGAUCGAUCCCAGAUCGUGAAGGAACUUGGCGGCGCUGAAGAUUGGACCUACGAAUACGUAGAGCCUGAACAAGACGAGAAUGCUCAACUUCAAGACACAACCACAAGAGAUUCUAUUAUGGCCCAGCACCAACAGAUCGGAGAGGAACUCCUUGAAGCAACCUCGAUGUGGCUUUCCGCCAAGGACAAGGGAAAUUUGGGUGAUGCUUCACAGCAAAAAGAUCGCAGGGCAAAUAUCGCCAUUCGGUUGCGAGAGAAUUAUUGGAAGCUGGACCCGUACAUACGUUCUCGUACACUGCUGGAUCGCAUUGGUGUGAUUAAAGCUCACGGUAAUAUCGACUUUUAUCCCGCCAAAGGGGGCAUGGGGGAGAUCAAGGAAGAAAAUGAGAAGGAGGCAAAGGCUGUUGUUGAUCAAGUGGAAUAUGCAAGUGAGGCACAGGUGGCCAGCGCAGCUUGA